AUGCUGCUGCUGCUGUGUGCUUGGUUCGCCCUGUCAGAGCCUGGGAGGACUCCAGUACAACACAGCCACCUGACAACUCUGGAUGUCGUAAUUAAGGAAGGGCUGUCAGUGAAGUUAGAGAUGGAGACCAAACAAUACCAAAGUUUCUUUGAUGGGAAUGACACAGAGAACAAAUGGCCUCAGGUCCGUUCUACGGAGUUCUGCUGUGCACCAGAGGACUCGCCUUUGACCGCUGGAGAUAUUCUGAUGGACAUUGUCAAUGUUAGCUGUACUGCUGGAAGCACGGCUACUGACUGCAAAGACAACACCACAAAGAAGCCGGAGCAUCCAGUGCGACGCCUCAGCCAGAACCAACCAUUCGUUCACCCACACUUUACCAACUCUCUUCAUGGCCAUAAGCAGGAAAUGGACUCCAAGGAGCUUUCCAAAACUGUUGCAGAGUCUAUGGGCCUCUACAUGAACGCUGCCAGGGAGGCAGAUUUUGCUUUUAACCAGCACGGGGGCAGUACCAGCCCUGGGAAAAUGUUCCCAGUGUGUGGGCGUUCUCUAGAAGAGAAGCAAAGUGGAUCUGCAAAAAGCCCUAAGCUAACACCAUUUGGGUUCCAGCCCCCCUGUUCCACACACACUGCAGGGUCAGGAACCCCUGUGAGCUCAGGCUCUAUGCUGGGCUCCUCUGUGUCCUGCAGUCCUCACACCUCCAGCUCUAUGUCCAGCCCUGGGGGAAGUAACAACAUGGUGUCCUCCACCACCAGUCCACCUGUAUGCUUCGGACCUCCGUGUUCAGCGGUCAGCAGUCCAGCCAGUCAGACGUCCUGUGCUCAGAGUGUGGCUCACAUCAAGCGCAGGAAUUCAGCCACAUGUAGCCCUGUGGAGUCCAGCACUGUGGGCUCCCCACCGCUCACCAGCCCCAUGAACAUCAUGAGGUCUCCAAUCUCCAGCCCUCAGAGCAUGAGCAGCGCCUGCAGCACCUCCUGUAACAUGAGGUCUUCUGUGUCCAGCCCCACCAGCACGGCCAACUGCAGCAGCCUGCGACAGCCUCUGUCCAGUCCCUCCACCGGGGGUAUGCCUGUGAGCAGCCCCCACGAGUCCCCCCCAGGAGGUUUUCCUGAGCCCAGUCCUGUGGGCCCCCUGGGACUGGUUCAGAAUGACACCAAGAGCCCAGAACCGGCAAGUCUCACUCAGGACAUGGACUUCAAGAACUUUGAGUUUCCCAAAGUGGAGAUGGUAGACGGGGAGGUUUUUAAUGUUGGCUUGGACCAGAUGGGCAUGGUUAAAUACAUUAAGAAUGAACCUGGCACUGACUUUAGAAGCAUGUGUUUAGGAACCUCCAAGUGUAACGCAACUAAUACGCCCUUCAUCACCCAGAUUAAGACAGAACCAAACAAAGAGGAGGACUGUAUGAAUCAGCAGCCCUAUAACGAACAAUCACAGUCUCUGGGUCUCUUCCCUGCAUCUGAGACAACUUAUUUAUCUCUGAGGAAUAAUAUUGAUGAGUACAGUCUUUCUGGAAUCUUAGGACCCCCUGUCUCCUCCAUGAAUGGAAACUAUGAGUCUGACGUGUUCUCCAACAGCGCCCUGUCUAAGGGGGUUAAGCAAGAGGCCAAUGAUGGCAGCUAUUACCAAGAGAAUACCAGUAUGCCCACAUCGGCCAUUGUUGGAGUUAAUUCCAGUGGACACUCAUUCCAUUACCAGAUUGGAGCACAAGGAACAAUGUCUUUCACUCGACAUGAUGUGAGAGACCAAUCCAACCCUAUGUUGAAUCUAAUUUCUCCAGUAUCGGCAUUAAUGGAGUCAUGGAAAACUCGUCCCAUGUCGCAGGGGUUGCUGUCGGGCAGAGAUGGAUACCCGGGUCAGAACUGCCUUACGGACGCCACGUCGAGGUAA